AUGGAUCGCAUCUCCGACACGAUCUGCGCCGAUCACCGGAAACUCAAGUCCUACUAUGAUCAAAUCAUCCACGCGGAAGAUCCAGUUGAGCAAACUCGCUGGCAAAACAUGUUCACCUGGGAACUUGCCCGUCAUGUUGCAGGCGAGGAGCUAGUGCUCUACCCGGCGCUAAAGAAGCACCUGCACGACGAUGCAGCCGAAGAUCGGCAACAACAUCAUCAAACUAUCAAAGAAGAAUUAGCUGUGUUUCAAAACCUCAAAUCCACCGAUCCUCGCUUCAUCCCCACCCUGUCAGUUCUCAUGGGGGAUCUGGCAGCACACGUGAAUCACGAAGGAGUGGAAUUGAGGAAUCUUGAAAUGAAUAUGACACCCGGCGAGAGCAAGCGUCUAGCGGCGUCUUUUGACCGUACAAAACAUUUUGUGCCAACACGUGCGCACCCUAGCGCGCCCGAUCGACCUCCUUAUCAGAAAGCCGUCGGACUUAUCACGACGCCACUCGAUUAUUUGCAGGAUCUGUUCCGCAAAUGGCCUGAAAUCCCUGCUGAGAGUCCCGUAGAUUAG